AUGGAUGGCAUUUAUUUGAAGUCUCAACAGCUUGUACAGUAUUGCUAUCCACAUGACAAUAGAUCCUGCCUCCGAGAAAUAAGAUCAUCAGCUGUGUAUGGAAUGUUGUACAUUUUGUCAGCACUUUCUGUGAUGCUAACCGUGGUGGGAAACUUACUGGUGGUCAUUUCUGUCUCUCAUUUUAAGCAGCUUCACACACCAAGCAACCUCCUUGUGCUUUCACUUGCAGCAGCAGAUUUUUUGAUUGGCAUUUUUUUGAUGCCCUUUAAAAUAACAAAAAUAAUUGAAAGCUGCUGGUAUUUUGGAGACAGAUUCUGCUUUUUCAAUGCUUUAGUCGAUUACACACUGACAUCAGUUUCUGUCAGUAAUUUAAUAUUUAUAGCCAUUGAUCGCUACGUUGCUAUAUGUGAUCCUUUACUUUACUCUGCUAAAAUUACAGUUCCUAUUGUACAGUUAAUCAUUAUAACUAGUUGGAUAUUUUCUAUGGUAUACACAUGGGCAGUUAUCUUUUUUAAGAGAUAUUAUUUUUCUUUUGGUAAUGUCAGUGUUUGUGUAGGAGAUUGUGAAGGUUUCUAUGCUGAAUCUUGGGUGUUAAUGGAGUUUAUCAUUAUGUUUCUUAUUCCUUGUGCUGUGAUGGCAAGUCUGUAUUCCAAAAUCUUCUUAGUUGCAAGAAGACAUUUGAAAAUAAUUAAUUCUGUCAAUCAGCAAAUUUGUACUAAAGAAUUACAUCAAAACAAAAGACCGAAAAAUUCAGAAAGAAAGGCAGCAAAAACACUGGGAAUUGUAAUAUCAGUUUUCUUUUUCUGCUGGGUGCCUCUCUAUACAUGCACAAUUAUUGAUACUUACACUACUUUGCCUGUACCUAAUGUCAUGUUUAAUAUUUUGGCAUGGCUCAUUUAUUUCAACUCUGGCAUGAAUCCAAUUAUAUAUGCAUUGUUUUAUCCCUGGUUUAAGAAAUCAGUAAAGCUCAUACUGACAUUAAAAAUAUGCAAUCCUGAAUCAUCAUUGAUUAAUUUAUUUUCAAUAAACCAUUAGGUGCAUGUUAUUUUCAUAUUUCUUAUCCCGAGUGAGAGUUAAAGAGAUGGUGUUAGCAAAUGACUGAAGCUUGUACAUGCAUAACUUUAGAAAAUAUUUAUAAGAAGGCAUAUUCAAAUAGAACUACCAUAUUAUUCCAUGUAUUAGUUGGAGUGGAGAAGAUAUGAGUAAAACACAUAAUGCCAUAUAUAAAUGAAAGAGCAUACUAAGAAAUGCAGUCACAAAUCAAGCAGGGGAUACAGACAUGUACUUAUAGGCUGAAUCUCGAUCCUACAGCUGUCUUACCAACAUUGUAUAAAUGGGUUUUAUCAUGGAGUCCUGUUAGUUCAUGUAUGUUUAAAGUACAGGGGUUAAAAUACUAUUGACAGUUG